CCCGGGAGCGCGGCGAAGCAAGCCUCCCGGCCCGGUUCCAGGGCUAGGGGCUUCGCCGGCCGGCAGGCCGGGAGGCAAGCAGGGGAGUGGGGUGCACAGUGUUGGCAGGUCGUGGCUAGCCACCCCCUCCCCUGGCACAGCGGCCCGGAGGCAGUCCGGGGUCCCCCUCCAUGGAGUCCCAGCGAGCUGUGGCGGCUGGUAGUCGGAUCUGCUCCCCGCCCCCGGGACUGACGGCUGCGGCCGCACUUGGCUGCCCAGACUGUCCCCCGGCUCGGGGGCUGUGCUGCGGUGUCCUUCCGCCCUGCAAACCUGGCCCCACGGCAGCCCCCGGCCCCGGCCCUGCCGGUAACGCCGUCUACACGGUGCUGGUGGAUGAGUCUCUGCUGAGGCGGAAGGCGGGGUCGGCCCCGGCCCCAGGGAGGCCCGGACAGCUGCAGCAGCAGGGGGCUAUCCAUUGCAGUGGCCAAGUGGGGCCAGAGGAAUUGCUGCCUGGGCAGAAAGCCGAGGAUCCAUGGGGCCUAGGGAGCUGGGAUGAGGUUGGAGACUGGGACCAGAGUGGGCUGCUGCAAUCUGCAUACAUCCCUGUCCCCAAGCAGAGAUGCCCCCCAGGAAAGGCUGGGCUGGAUGAAGUCAUGGCUGCUGCAGUCCUUACCAGCUUGUCUACUAGCCCGCUGAUUUUGGGUCCCCCUUCAGUACCCUUCAGCCCAGAGUCUUGCUGUGAUCCUUGGAAGGAGUCCUCAGCUGGACCGUCUGGCAGCUACAGCAGCAGCAACAACAGUGGGGACUGGGGUUGGGACCCUCCCAGUGACCAGUCUUCUCCCUCCACACCCUCACCGCCACUGCCCCCUGAGGCUGCCCAUUUUCUGUUCGGGGACCCCACACCUCGGAAGAGGAAGAAUUCGGUGAAAGUGAUGUUCAAGUGCCUGUGGAAGAGCUGUGGGAAAGUGCUGAGCACAUCAUCUGGAAUACAGAAGCAUAUCCGAACAGUGCACCUGGGGCGUCGGGCAGAGCCAGAUCAAAGUGAUGGUGAAGAAGAUUUCUACUACACUGAGCUGGACAUCAAUGUGGAUUCACUAACUGAUGGCCUGUCUAGCCUGACCCCCAUGUCACCAACUUCCUCAGUGCCCCCAGCCUUCCCCAGCUUGGAUCUGCCAGUCCCAGCUCCAUCUGAGACCACAGCCAUGCCCACCAUCCUGAGCUCUGUGGUUCCCACCACUUUGUGCCAUGUCCACACCGACCAUGCUUACCAGGGCUGUUUGACUCCAGUCCAUUCAGUUGGGAUAUCGGAUAAGGGGCCACAACUUCCCCAAUCCACAGUCAUCAAGCCCCCUGUACCAACCAUAUCCUCUGGCCUCAAACCCAGCACAGGCAUAAGGAAGCCUCGGGGUGAAGCCAAGAAGUGCCGGAAGGUGUAUGGGAUGGAGAACCGGGACAUGUGGUGCACGGCCUGUCGCUGGAAGAAGGCCUGUCAGCGGUUCCUUGAUUGAAGCCCAGCUUGUUCCAGCCCUC